AUGGCUGAGCGGAACGAUCCGAAGGUCAUCAAGACCAUCGUGAAGGGACUGGAAAGCCGGGAUGAGGGGGAGCGGAAUUCCGUUGCCUGGAAGCUUCUUGCGGCGGCCGAUGGCGGCGACGAGUUGGUGAUCGCGGAGCUCCUGCGCCGCCUCGGCGACGAGCACCCACCGGUCCGGCGUGCGGCAGCGCGCACUCUGCGGGAGGUGGUUCCUAAAGAUGCCGAGCUGGCCAUCCCGUUGCUGAUCGGCCGGACGGGCUCGUCCAGUCCCGAUGCGCGUUUCGAAGUCACGAGUGCUCUCGAACACUUUGCCGAGCGAGGCGACCGGAGGGUGCUCUCAGCCCUCCUCGAUCGCUUGGAGGAUGCAGAGGGGUCCGUACGCGCGAGAGCGAUCUCUGCGCUGUCAGCCGUGUCCGAACCUGACGACGACGCAGUCCUCGUCCAGGUCUGUGGACGAUUGCUGGACUCUGAGUCCUUCGUUCGGGCUGCGGUAGCCGAGGCUCUUCCAAGCCUCGCCUCGCCGGAGAACCGCAAGGUGUGGACCUACCUGACCCAAGCACUUCGAAAUUUCCGGCCGCCUCCGCAGCGAGAAGAUCUGAAGGAGGCUGCCUGCCGCGCCCUGACAAGGUUUGCCUCGCAUGGCGACGUGGAGGCGAUCGACCUCAUCGGGGAGUGCAUCGAUGCGGAGUAUCCCCAGGCCACCAUUGCUGCACUGCGGGCGCUGGUGGAGGUCGCGCCGUGCGGCGAUCUCAACGCUUUGGAAGCCGCAGCGAAAGCUCUGGGCCACCAGGAGGUGCGCACACAAGAGAUCGCCAUGGAGGUCCUCGAGCGGUUGGCAGAUCGAGGAGUGGAGCCCGCGUCCGCGCCGAGAGCCACGGCCUUCGAAGGUUCGUGGACCGGUGCAGUGAUCAAGGGCCAGAAGAUCUUUUGGAAUGCCGAAGAUCUGAUCACCGAGUUCGAAGUGAAGGGACGGUCCAUUAUCUCGACGGUAUGCGUGGACAAGAAAGGCCAGGAGCUGCCCUGUUGGGGCCGCCUCAACGCCUCGGGUGUCCUCCGAUGGGACUUUGGCGCCGAGUGGGUUCGCUCACAGGACGGAGCCUCCACUUUGCCGUCCCUGUCCCCUGCGGCCAUGACUUUGCCUCCCCCACAGGACGCUGGAGAGGUGCCGGCUUCACCCUCCAGGACUUCGGAAGUGGAUGAUGCGCCGGCUUGCGAUGAGAAGGUCGUGAAGGCUCAGCUCUGGGCCGCUGCAUCCGUCAGCACAUGGAAGGAACUCGUUCAUCCGUCGGCCCUAGCUCGCACAAAAGGGGAUGCGCGAGACUUCGCGUACGUGGAGGAUGGUCAGGACGAGUCAGCGCCUCUGACGCCCUACCGCACGCGUGUGCAAGCAGACCUUGAGCGAGACGUGGCCAGGCGAAAAGGGCGGUGCAACUUCCUCGACACGCUCGUCUUCCAGGUCUUCGUGGGAGGGCUGCUCCUCCUGAACGUGGUGGUCGUGUCGCUGCAGGCCUGCGCAAGCCUGACUUUUGCAGGGCUGCUAGACGUGAACCUCAUCAUCGUCGGCAGUGAUUCUCGAGCAGAGCUGGUGCUGCAGCGGCGGUUGGAUGCAGGAGGAGCACUCCGUGAACACGACCAGGUGCCCUUCCAUCAGGAGCUUUUUACCUGGAAGCCACCACCAAGCCCAGGUAGCACUUGCAGUUGGGAAGUGGCGCGUUUGCGGCGGCGUUUUGGCAGCACUAACUACGGCUACAUGCGAUCAGGGCCCGAUGUGGUGGAACUCAACAACGAUGAGUGCUACGAGCUUGUCGUGGACGGCCAAGAUUGUGUUGGCCUGCGCGUGCUUCGCGAUGGCGCUACCUCGUGGCACUUGUCAGGACCAGUUCUGCUACUGGGGCCUUGGGACGGCAGUAUCGAUCCACCUCUGCCAGAACUGGCGGAAGCGUGUGCAAUGACAGUAGAUGUCAGUGUGCAACAAGAAGAGGCAAAGCCUCAGGUGUACAUCGAUGGAGGUGGCCUGAAUGUCAUCAUUGUCUCUGCUGCAUACUUCGCAUUCUGGAACUUUAUUGUAUACUUCCUGAUCAACACGCAGGAGGUGCACGUUCAGUUGGACGAUGUCGACUGGUGGUGGCUCGUGCCCCGAACCAUGACCCUCACGGGGCAGCUUUGGUCGCAGAAGUUGGCCGACGGCCUUCUGGGCUUCCCACAAGGAGCAGCUGUGACUGGCAUGUCGCUGAUCCUGGGAAAUCUUGUAUGGUCGGGCUGGGAACUCGCUUGGGUCUUGACAAGGAGCGGCUGGCGUUUACAGUACUUCGUCAUGACAUGCAUCGGUUUCGAGAUGUCGUCGGUCACUCAGAUACUCUUCGGUUUCUACGUGAACCGCUGGGGUCGGGUAUCACCACACAGAACCGGCCGACCACAACACAAACGGCAUCAGGCGCUGUGGACAGCUUUCCUCUUCUCCAUGAACAUGCUACUGCUCCUGUCGCAAUGGAUCAUCAUCGUCCUGUAUGUCUACCUCGACAGCGUGAGCACGAUUCUGGCAGCUUUUUUCUUGAGCUUGAGCACAUCCUGUUCCGAGUUGCUUGCAGUUGCCUCGAUGGAAAAUCUCUACGUAAGGCUUGUCUGGCCCCGCGCCGGAGACGAGCAACGCAUCGUGUGGGGAGACCACCAAGCGCCUGUGACGUUCUUGAUCGGCUGGGCACAUGCCAUUGCUGAGGGCUCGCGGCUGAUCAGCUUGCUUUGCGCUGCUAUCAACAGCCCGGGCUGGCGAUGGCAAUGGCUCGGCAGUUUGCUGAUCAUGAUGCUCUGCAACCUCAUAUUCAGGCAUGGAUACCAUGCUUCUCGGCUAAAGCUCGCCAGGAAGUCGCGCAAGCCCACUUCCCUACAGCACAAGUUCUGA